GCCACCUGACAUGUUCUUCAGAGCAGUUUAAGAGAAUUGAGAGUCAGAAUCAGUGAGUGAAUGAGUUGAGAGACAGAGCAAGGAGGGAGGGAGGGAGAGAGUGAGAAAGAGACAGAGCGAGCGAGAGAGAGAGAGACAGACAGAAAGUGCCUUUUUUUAAGUCAAGGUUUUACCCACUUAUCUGCAUACCAGAGAAACCUUUUUAACAAGCAUAAGGCAGGAGGAUUGUGCUGCGGCUGAUUCUGAAGAUCUACCUGCGGGAGGUGCUGGAUCUCCUUUAUGCGUGGCUUACCACUUUGGAUGAACUGCGGCUGAAGGGAGCGUGUACCGGAGAGAUACUCGUGUCGUUCCCUUUCUGGUGCUCCUGUCACUAAGAAUUUUUAUACCAUUUUAUCUUUCGUUGUGUGCUUUAAAAGUAAAAGAAGACAUUCCUCGGCACGUCGUCACCGCAAAGUUACCCUCACAGAGCUCUCCUGACAGCAGCUGUGGCCAUUGAGAGGUCUAACGGCUCCCGGUUCUUUGUAAUCGCUGAGUCUGGUUGCCAUGGGCCACCUUCUAACCACCUGGUUCCUGGCCCUUGUCCUGUGGAGCUUCAGUGCCAGAGGUCACCAGCAGAAUGCCCCCCGGGUUUACUUGAACUUUAAAGAGCUACAGCAUUCAAACACAGCUCGCCACUAUACCCUCCUGCAAAACACCACAGACUACCGCAUCCUGCUAAUGGAUGAAGACCAUGACCGCAUGUACGUGGGCACCAAGGACUACAUUGUCUCGCUGGACCUCCACAACAUCAACCGGGAGCCUUUAUUAAUUCACUGGUCUGUCAGUCAGCAAAGACGAAAUGAGUGUGUUCUUUCUGGUAAAGAUCAAAACGGUGAGUGUGCAAAUUUCAUCUGCCUCAUUGAGCCUUGGAACCGUACACACCUAUAUGUCUGUGGAACUGGAGCUUAUCAUCCUGUCUGCACCUAUGUCAACAGAGGGCGCAAGGCAGAGGAUUACAUCUUCCAUCUGGAGCCAGGAAAAGUUGAAUCCGGCAAGGGCAAGUGUUCCUAUGACCCCAAGCUCAACAGUGUGUCAUCAUUAAUUAAUGGUGAGCUCUACGCAGGUGUCUACAUCGACUUCAUGGGAACGGACGCAGCCAUCUUUCGCACAAUGGGCCAGCAAACGGCCAUGAGGACUGACCAGUACAAUUCCCGUUGGUUAAAUGAUCCAACGUUUAUCCAUGCCCAGUUGAUCCCGGACAGUGGCGAGAGAAAUGACGAUAAACUCUACUUCUUCUUCCGGGAGAAGUCAAGUGACUCUGGGAGUUCAGCCAUCCAUUCGCGGAUAGGAAGGAUCUGCCUGAAUGAUGAUGGGGGUCACUGCUGCCUUGUCAAUAAAUGGAGCACGUUCCUCAAAGCUCGGCUUAUCUGCUCAGUCCCAGGGCCCGAUGGAAUUGAAACACAUUUUGAUGAACUGCAGGACAUCUUUGUGCAGCAGACCCACGAUGCAAAGAAUCCGAUCAUCUAUGCCGUAUUCUCAGCUUCUGGAUCAGUCUUUAAAGGGUCAGCCGUGUGUGUCUACUCUAUGACGGACAUCCGCACAGUCUUCAAUGGGCCCUUUGCCCACAAAGAAGGACCAAAUUACCAGUGGAUGCCUUACACUGGGAAGAUACCGUACCCCAGGCCUGGAACCUGUCCUGGAGGCACCUUCACUCCCUCGAUGAAAUCUACAAAAGAUUACCCUGAUGAAGUGAUCAACUUCAUGAGGAACCACCCCACCAUGUACAAUGCCAUCUACCCUGUGCACAAGCGCCCUCUGGUGGUCAGAACUAAUGUGGCCUACGAAUUCACCACCAUCUCUGUAGACCAGGUGGAUGCCGCCGAUGGACGAUAUGAGGUGCUUUUCCUUGGCACAGAUCGGGGAACAGUGCAGAAAGUGAUCGUGUUGCCCAAAGAUGACAUGGAGACUGAGGAACUUAUUCUUGAAGAGGUCGAGGUCUUCAAGAUGCCAACCCAAGUGAAGACAAUGAAGAUCUCCUCCAAACGGCAACAGCUGUACAUUGGCUCUGCUUUAGGCAUUACCCAGGUCACCCUUCAUCGCUGUGAUGUUUAUGGAGAGGCGUGUGCUGACUGCUGCCUCGCCAGGGACCCAUACUGUGCUUGGGAUGGCAAGGCUUGUUCCAGAUACCUGGCAUCAUCCAAAAGACGAAGCCGAAGACAAGAUGUGCGGCAUGGCAAUCCAAUCCGACAAUGUCGAGGUUACAACUCUAAUGCCAACAGGAAAACAGCAGAGACAGAGCAGUACGGUGUGGAAGGGAGCAGCACGUUCCUGGAGUGCCAGCCCAAAUCUCCCCAAGCCAGCAUCAAGUGGGUGUUACAGCGACAUGGCAGUGACCGGAAGAAAGAGAUUAAAACAGACGAGCGGCUCCUCAGGACAGACCAAGGUCUUCUCCUCCGAUCCCUGCAGAUGACAGACGCCGGGAUGUAUCAGUGCACAGCCACAGAGAACAACUUCAAGCAUGUCCUGGCACGGGUGCACCUCCGGGUCCUCAACAAUGACACAGUCAAUGCUGUGCUCUCACAAGGUGUGCUCUCACCAGGUGUCGCCAACCUACAAGUUGGCAGCCCUGGAACUUCCGGGAGCCCAAACCCAGGAUAUAAGGACUUGCUCCAGCUACUGAGCCAGCCGGAAAUGGGACUCAUCAACCAGUACUGCGAGGACUAUUGGCAGCGGCCAGCCAACAUCCAGAGGGAAAACCUGAACAAACCGCUCAAAGUAAAGCCCGUCAGAGAACAGAAAAAACCGCGAAACCGCAGAAAUCAUCACACAUCCUCUCUCCAGCAAACAUGAAGCUCUGAGAAAUUAGAAUUUCUUUAAUAUAAAGUAUAACUACCCUUACAACAGACAGUAUUUAUUGUAGGCUGUAUAUAGUAUGAUAAUUCAACUUCCUUGUACUUACCACAAAGUCCCCAUGACAUUAUGUAUGAUAUAUAGGUACUUAAUAUGAGAGCAGUAUUCUCCUGAAUUGUUCCAUAACUUGAAGGCAUUGUAAAGUAUUUUGGUUGUACACUAACCAGUCGUUGCUUUAUCCUAUGUUUCUGGAAUAUUUGCUGGAGAUAAGCAUGGACCCUAACUCCAGGGUUCAAAUGGGUUCAAGGGAGAUUUCAUUAAUAUGGACAAAAUGGAUGCACCUUCAAUUGGUAACAGUGCAUUUGAGCAUCAGUUUAUCACCUUUGCCCCCUCUACCAUUCCAAUGACCAAAACCUUUAAUGGUCUAUCUGCUCUCCUUUCUUAAGGCAUAUCAAAUUUCAAACAUAUUAUAGAACAUAGAAUAUUACAGCACAGUAAUCCCCUAUGGCCCACGAUGUUGUGCCUACCUUUUAAUCUACUCUAAGAUCCUACUCUAACCUUUCCCUCCUAUAUUGGCCUCCAUUUUUCUAACACAUAUGCGUGUGUAAGAGUUUCUUAAAUGUCCCUAAUAUAGCUGCCUCUACCACUAUCUGAGCUUACCACUAACAUUCCCAAAAUUCUUUCCUCCAAUCACCUUAAAUUGUCUCUGUUUGUACUUGCCAUUCCACCCCAGAAAAAAGUCUCUGGCUAUCCAUUCGAUUUAUGCCUUUGAUCAUCUUGUACAUCUCAAUCAAAUGAUCUCUAAUCCUCCUUCGCUCCAAAGAGAAAAGCCCUAAUUUGCACAACUUCUCCUCAUAAGAAAUUCCCUCUAGCCCAGGCAGCAAGUUAAAUUCAUAUCUACCAUAAGACCAUUAGACAUAGGAGAAGAAUUGGACUAUUCAGCCCAUCGAGUCUGCUCUGUCAUUACAUCAUGGCUGAUUCAUUAUCCCUCUUCUCUAGGCAGUUUUGAUGUCUUUUCUUGGGGAAUAAGACCUUCAGUCACCUGGUGCUGUGCUCAAACACUCAAAUUUAGCCCUACAUGAGCUGUUAGCCUCUUUACAGCUGCUGUCAUCGUAAUAUUGCCCGAGAAUUUUCCUUCAAGCAUGGAGAUCUCAGCAUCCACUUUUCUCACACCCUCCCAACCCAUCAUUCCUGUGUUGCUACACCAAAUGGCUUGGAACUGCAGAAUUUCCAGCUUUGCUGCCGCAAUCCCGUCAGAGUUACAGAAGAAAUUCAAGUUGGGUGCGAGAUGAUGGAGAUGAUGGUGGACUGUGGCCUUUUGGCUUGGAUGUUAAAGCCAGUGUCUCUACCACAUAGUAAAGUUCGAAUCCUAAGGCUUAAAACAUGAGUGAUGAGCAGAAAUCUCUAAAAGGGAACAGGGAUAAUAUCAAAAAAAAUUCCCUCUACCUGCCAUGCAGUGAAUAUGAAAGCACAAUUCCUUUUGAAACUUGUCACAGAGCAUGAAUGACAUUCUCUAAACUUUCUUAAACUGGAUUAUGCACAAUUACAGACAUUGCACAGCUCAGGAACAAGGCUUUGUAUCUGAUAGUCCCGUUCUGUUUAAAAUCGUCUCCCACAUCCUGCAUACUAUUCUGGAAGGCAACAUACAAAAGAUAAUAGGCCAAGAAUUUCCAAUCAGAAAUAUAGCUAUUGGAGUUAAUAGCACCUGCAAGUGUACAGGCUCUGUAACAUUAACAUGCCUCAAUUCAGGUCAAUACAGAGAUUCUUUAACAAUUAUCCAGUAUCAUCUGUAGAUUCUUUUUACUUCCAUUGUAUUUUAUAUUAAAUCCAUUAAUAGGUAAAGAUGGUCUACACCCAGACUGCUCUUUCACUGUCAUAAAUAGCUUUGGAACAAAAGGUUGUAUAAUUUGUUAAAGUUGGUUGUGUUUUUUUAAUGAAACUUUUUGUUGUUUGUGCUGUUACUUUUAUUAAAAGAAUAUUAAAAGAAAAACUGAAUUGUGUGCUGGCAAAAUGUGCAUCAACAAUUCCUUCACUUGGUGCAUUUCUCCCAGUAAUGGUAUAUAAUAUAUUCUGUGAUGUCACUUAACCCAGCUUCUAAUAUUUGUUUUUUUUUAAGGAGGCAAGUUUAUUUUUAAUAACUUUAUUAAACUUGGGUCAAAUGUCAGUGAACAUAUAUUCUGUUACAUGUAAAUAAUUGUAAAUCUACGGAAAGAAAGGUUCUUGAGUGUAUUUGUCAUUCAUGUUUGGUGCACCUGACAGUGGAGUAAAAAACACAGAGUUCCUGUUGAUAAAGGAAAACCAAAUAAACACUAGCUCAUCUCUUUAAUGUA